GCUGUACCACAUAUCACUGGGUUAGCACGGAAAGGAAAUGUUCUUUUUGUCAACUGAAAGGGAAUAUCCGCAUGCUCGCCAUAAGGACUCAUUGUCUAUCCAAACAUGACAGAGAGUGAAAUAUUUCUUGAUGAUGUCCGUCCCAACGUUUCUCCAGAGAAUAGAGAAAGAGGUUCCGUACCGACCAGAGAGGAAUGGACCAGAAAGAGAGAGUACAUAUUGUCCCUCCUCGGAUACGCAGUGGGACUAGGGUCUCUGUGGAGAUUCCCAUACCUGUGUAACAGAAAUGGUGGUGGUGCGUUUCUCAUUCCAUACUUCAUUGGAAUUAUCACGUGCUCUGUCCCGCUAUUUUUCUUGGAGAUCACCAUCAGCCAGUUUUCAAGUAGGAGUGCAGCCCACGUGUGGGUCCUCUGUCCUCUGUUUAAAGGUAUCGGCAUCUCUCAGGUAAUGGCCUCUUCGUUCGGGAGCGUGUUGUACAAUGUCAUAGUUUCCUGGUCCAUAUAUUACAUCUACAAGUCGUUCUCGUCAGUUUUGCCAUGGACAACAUGUGACAACUGGUGGAAUACCCCCCUGUGUGUCAAUAAACUUGGGAACGUUUCAUCCAUCAGCGUGAGCCAGGCCAACAGCACACAUCUAGAUGAUGAACGCCUUCAGUACUCAUCAUGGAGAAAGGCAAAUGUAACAUUGACAGCGUCAGAAGAAUUUUGGCAAUACGGCACACUGAGGGUGUCCAGUGGAAUCAACAAGUUCGGGUCAGUGCAGGGUGAUCUCCUUCUGUGCAACCUUGCUUCCUGGGUAGUAGUGUUUUUCUGUCUCAUGAAAGGCGUCAAGUCUAUGGGAAAGGUGGUGUAUGUGACUGCAUUGAUCCCGUACAUCCUGCUGACGGUGCUGCUGAUAAGGUCGUGCAUGAUGCCGGGAGCAGGGGAGGGAAUUGUGUACUUCCUACGUCCUGACUUCUCACGACUAGCCUCCGUUCAGGUGUGGUUGGAAACAUUGCUGCAAGGUUUCUAUUCAACGAGCGUUACGUACGGUGGACUCAUCACCAUGAGCAGUUACAACAACUUCAACAACAGACUCCUGAAAGACUUGGUGAUAGUUACUGUCGUUGGUCAAGCAAGUAGUAUAUUCUGUGGCCUCGUGGUCUUCUCCACUUUGGGCUUCAUGGCGCACCAGGCGCAGAUACCGAUAUCAGAGGUUGUAUCAUCCGGUUCUGGUCUGGGGUUCAUCAUCUAUCCAGAGGCCAUCGCCCUGCUUCCUGUGCCCCAGUUGUGGGCAGUCCUGUUCUUCCUGAUGCUCUUUGCGAUGGGAAUAGAUUCUUUGUUUGGUGAAACGGAAACGACUAUUGCUGGAAUAACAGAUUUGUGGACUCAGUAUCUUCAAGGACGGAGAAUGUGGGUCACGGCUGGGGUGUGUCUAGCCAGCUUCGUUGUGUCCAUUCCCUUUGUAACUGAGGGUGGGAUCUACCUCUUCCAGCUGUUGGACUGGUACACUUCCUCCUUCAGUGUACUUCUCAUUGGCUGUCUCGAGUGUGUGGUCAUCAACUGGAUAUAUGGUUCAAGGAGACUCAGCAACGAUAUUGAGAUGAUGACGGGAAGGCGAUUUCCACUGUUACUGAAGAUCAUGUCAACCUACUUGACGCCUUUCAUUCUUUUCGCCUCCCUGACAUGUUCCCUGUUUCUAUAUGACCCACCAAGCUAUGGCGAGUACAUCUACCCUGAAUCUGCCAAAGUGAUUGGUAUAAUGGUUGCUGUGGUGCUGACUCUGCCCAUACCCGUCACAUUGGUGUACCAAGUUGUAAAGGGGAGGGGGAGCUGUUUCGAGCGUCUGAGAUUUGCAAGCAGACCUUCGCCCCAGUGGGGACCAGCAGCAGCUGAUGACAUGAAGCGGUACACGGAACGUCAUCCACAGUGCAUUCUCCUGCACCUGGAACAAAAAGAUCGCCAUGGUGAUUCACUUCAUUGAUGUUCUGGAUGAAUGUAAUUCAAAAAGAUAUCUUUGCAACAUAUACAAACUUCAUGGAUAACGACUUCUUUACUUCGUGAGUGCGACGUUUUCGAUACAGAUUCCUGUACCGUUGUCAAAUGGAUAUACAUCAAAUAAUCGAAUGUGUCUAUGUAAAUAUGCUCAAUGUAAAAGGCGCAUAAGGUGGCGUUUAAAUUUUUAAAGAUAUAUAAGUGGCAUUAUUUACAAAGCUGUAAACAGUCGCCGAAAUGACAGUGAAAACUAUUUUAAAUAAUCAUUUACUGUUCUCUGUAUGUUAAAUCACAAUUAUUGUUCAGAACUUGUUCAACACAACCUAUUCCGAAGCGUCUGCACAUUGAAUGUAUUUGAUCUAAAUGUAUCUACAUUUGAAGAAUGAUUAUCUCUUGUUAUACCUUUUACACAUUGGUAACAAUAUUCGGUUAUAUGAUGUUAUUUCUUUUCACUGAAUAAACAUUCUCUUCGUACCA